AUGAAUGAAUCAAAAUUUGAUGUUGAAAAGAUUGUUGAGCACAGGGAAGUUAACAAGAGGAUUGAAUUGCAUAUAAAAUGGCUGGAUUAUGAUGCUUCUGAAAAUACUUGGGAGCCUAUGACAACAGAUUUAUAUGAGGACUUAACUUAAAUGAUCGACUCUUAUUUCAAGAAACUCUCAUAUAGAGUAAUAAAGAAAAAGGGUUCAAGAGGUGCACUCACUAUCGAAAAGAUCAAGGACAAUGGUCAAACAGAUGAUGAAUGUGAGAGAGAUUAAAAAGCUAGUUAGAGCAAGGGAAAAGGAAGACCUAGAGGUAAAAACUCUCAAGCUGUCAGCAAAUCUACAACACCUAAAGCAAGAAGCAAGAAGAAUACUCCUUGCCAAACUCAAUAACAUUCUUAAAAGGAUCAGAAGACACCAGUUCAAGGAAAAUCCAAGAAGAAUGAGAAGAGUUUUGCUUCAAGGCCAGAGACAGACAAUGAGUAAGAGGAGGAGAAGAAGAAUGAGAAAGACUAGAGGGUCUUUGGUGUCUUAGAGAUAGAAUUUCAAUAGACUGAAAUAGAUCAUAAGAAAAUUCAAUAGACUUAAUAUCUUGACAUUGAAUUGAAAAAGAGAAUGAUGCAAGAUGAUGCUGCCAUUUAAGGAAGGGCUAGCCAUAUUGAUAGUAAAUUUAUGCAGAUCAAACCUAAGCCCAAUGCAAUAUUCUAGAAUGAGAAGUAAUAGUAGUCUAAUCAUCAACAAAGUAAGUAGGAUUAGAAAAUAUCAAAUAUGGGAUCAGAGUAAAUUAUCUAAAAAGGGAAUGACUCCAAGACGUACUUUGAAGAUCCAAGAGUUAAUAUAAUUUAGAAUAUCACUCAGCCAGUUAGUAAACCAUUAAACUCACCAAAGAAAUAGAGCAGCAUGAUUAUGCCUAUUCAUGAAAAGCAAUCAAGUGUCAAUCAGCAAUUCUAGUUUUAACCUAGCAAAGAUAAGGAUUUAUAAAAUAGAGAUCUAUAGUUAAAUUCUAGUUUGAAUAAGUAAAGGCCUCGUUCACCUUUCGAUAACAAAGAUUAAAGAUAUCUACCUCAAUCAAGAGACUAUAAUUAGAAGACAGGAAACUUUCAGAAUUAAUAUCACCAAUAGCCAUCAAUAAACAGCAAUUACCAUUAAAAUCAAAACGCUAAUCCAAAGUUCAAUCAGUAUUAAAAUGACAAAAAUAACAACAACAGAUUCAAUCAUGGUUUCUAGUAAAAUGAUAAUAAAUCGCCAUAUCAUGAUUAAGUAAAACAUCCAAAAGACCAAAAAGACUACAAAACUUAUCUUAGAGAAUAGGGUAAUCAAAAAAAUAUUUAAACCCUUAAUCAAUAAAAAAUCACUUAGCCUGCUUUAAAUGUUGAACUCUAAAAAGGAAUUACAGCUUAAAACUCAGAUUAGAAUCCUCAUUAACAACUAGAUAUUGCAGUUACUAACCCUGAAAAUCAUGAAAUAACUUUACUGAAUAACUGCUUUAAUCCAAGUCCCAAUUUAGCUAAAUAUACUAGCCAGCAGAUAAAUGAGAAUAUUAAUUCUGAUGUAUAUAAAAAUCAAUUGAUUAAUGGACAAAAUAAUUAAUAGGCUUUGAGACUUAUUACAUAAGGAGUGUAAACUGAUUAUGAAAAAGUUAAAGUGAUUGAAAAUAUUGAGGAAAAGAUGGAAAUUGAGCCAUUUUCAUUCAUUCUAAUUGAUUUCGAAAAGUCAAUGAACACAAGAAAGGAGAAUGGAUCACAUUGUUGGACAGAAAGACCAGGUUCUCCUUUCAGACACUCAGAUAUUCCAGAAAAGAUUGUCUCAAUAAAUGAGGACGGUGGUAAUAUUUAUUAUUUGAUGACCUGGAGAGCUAAUGAAGGCUAGAGAGAAAAAUUAACACCCUCAUGGGUAAAUGAUUUUAUAGUGAAGCUGCAAUGGCCAAUGCUAAUUUCUAAUUAUUUGGAAGAACUUUAUUUGGAGAGGAAAGAUGCCUGUGAUGAGAUGAUUUUAGUCUGA